CCAUAGAGGGCCGGAAGAAAAUGUGAGAAGGGUCGGCAAGAGACAGGAGAGGCAUUGUGUUUCGUGCUAAAAUGACGACGUUAGUGUUGGAUAACGGAGCCUACAACGCCAAAAUCGGUUACAGCCAUGAGAAUGUCUCGGUUAUUCCUAACUGUCAGUUCAGGUCAAAAACAGCACGUCUUAAAACUUUUACUGCUAACCAGAUAGAAGAAAUAAAGGACCCUUCGGGACUCUUUUACAUCCUUCCUUUUCAGAAGGGUUACUUGGUGAAUUGGGAUGUUCAGAGACAAGUUUGGGAUUACCUUUUUGGAAAAGAAAUGUAUCAGGUUGAUUUUUUAGAUACUAAUAUUAUUAUCACAGAACCAUAUUUUAACUUUACUUCUAUUCAAGAAUCAAUGAAUGAGAUCCUAUUUGAAGAAUACCAGUUCCAAGCAGUAUUAAGAGUAAAUGCUGGGGCUCUCAGUGCACAUAGGUAUUUCCGAGAUAACCCUUCCGAAUUAUGCUGUAUCAUUGUUGAUAGUGGGUACUCCUUUACACAUAUAGUUCCUUAUUGUAGAAGUAAAAAGAAAAAAGAAGCAAUUAUUCGGAUAAAUGUGGGAGGGAAACUCCUAACCAAUCAUCUAAAGGAGAUCAUAUCUUAUAGGCAGUUACAUGUUAUGGAUGAAACACACGUGAUUAAUCAAGUGAAAGAAGAUGUAUGCUAUGUGUCUCAGGAUUUUUAUAGAGAUAUGGAUAUUGCCAAGUUGAAAGGAGAAGAAAAUACAGUAAUGAUAGACUAUGUUUUGCCUGACUUUAGUACAAUUAAAAAGGGCUUUUGUAAGCCAAGGGAAGAGAUGGUGCUAAGUGGAAAAUAUAAAUCUGGGGAACAAAUUCUUCGUCUGGCCAAUGAAAGAUUUGCUGUACCAGAAAUACUCUUUAAUCCUUCUGAUAUAGGAAUUCAAGAAAUGGGAAUUCCAGAAGCUAUUGUCUAUUCAAUUCAGAACUUACCUGAAGAAAUGCAGCCGCAUUUUUUUAGAAACAUUGUUUUGACAGGAGGAAAUUCCCUUUUCCCAGGAUUUAGGGAUCGGGUUUACUCAGAAGUUCGAUGUCUCACUCCAACAGAUUAUGAUGUUUCUGUUGUGCUGCCUGAAAACCCUAUUACUUAUGCCUGGGAAGGAGGAAAAUUGAUAUCAGAGAAUGAUGAUUUUGAAGAUAUGGUGGUAACAAGAGAAGAUUAUGAAGAAAAUGGACAUAGCAUCUGUGAAGAGAAAUUUGAUAUUUAAGUAACAUUUCAGAAAGUUUUGACUGGUUCUGACAAAGGUGUAAUUUAAACAUUCUUUUUAAAGGUUAAGGUUCUGUGCUACCUUUUAUCUUAAGAGAAAGACUUGAACUUAUGUAAAUACUUUGAUCUAGGGGUAAUUUUCAAAGGUUUCUCAGCUUGGUUACUAAGUGAACUGUAACUCAGCCCAUAUUUUCAUUUAGGAGCUACAUUACCAUAAACAAAGCUUAUGCUGUUUCUGAGAGUAUGUUAUCUUUCAUUAGAAGAUGAAAGAGUGAAUGCAUUUUAGAUUUAAUUCUUUAUAGUUGAAAGCAGAGACUUAGCUGUCUCGCUGGUCAGUUUUCCUCAGGAGGUAGUUUUGUGUGACUGUGUCUAGGAAUUGGCCAAAGUGUUUUCAAUCUGGUAUGACUUCUCUUUUAGAACAAGUAUUUUACUUUAAAUUUGUCAUUCUUACUUGUAAAGUUGUAAAGACCAUUCUUCUGUGUGUUUAAUGUUUAUUUUUUACUUAGAAUAAGUUUGAAAAUGUGGAGACUAAAGCCAGUUUACUAAAGUGUUUUUGGUCACUACUGUAUUGGCAGAAGUGUAUUCAUUCAUAAAAAUACUGCACCAUUUUGGGGGAUUAAAGUAAAUUUGAAGUUAACUUAGGGUUGUUCACCUUGAUACAAAUAUUAGUGCUUAGUUUUAAAAUCUCAUAUAAUCUACAGUAAGCAUAUUAAGAUGUUAAAGGCCAUAGCUUUCCAAUUGAAGGGAACAGUUUACAAUGACAUUAAUGAAUGGUUCAGGUAAGCUUCUUUGAUGGCAAACAGCAGGAACUCACUAGAGUGAUCCUAUGUGAAACAACAUUUAUCAGCAGGACAGAGGACAGCUCAGAAAAUCUAGGAAAAAGAUUUUGGCUGGACCAAUAGCCCUGAGAAUAAAAACCAGGUAACCUUAGGCAUCUACGUUAUAGAAACUAAGAGACAAUCCUUACAGAGCCCUGCCAUCAAAAUAUCUCAGCUUCUGUAUUUUCUGUCUUUGGCCUGUGCUCAUCAAUCAGAUUCCUACCAGUCUCUUUUCCCAACUUGGGAUCAUGCGCCUGCCCCAUGGCUUUAAGGACUUUGACAGUCCCACU